GCCAUGUAUUUGAAGAGGAGGUUGCUACUCGAAAAUAAGGCCCUCAAGAUGGUCAGGGAGCCUCGAACAACAGUCGAGUACCGUGUUGAUUAUUUUCCAGGCGGUCAUUCCAUGUCACCAUUCAAUUUUCACCCCCAAAAUCUACUCUCUUUCCCUUCAAGCCUUAUCUAUAUUUAUCCUGCCACCGUCAAACUUAUUUCCCGCAUGCCCACAAACUGCCCAACCAAUUCGCUCAGUCGUUGUCAUUGCUAUCCCGGCACACCAGGCAUCCAUACACACUCCUUUCAAAUAUACAUUUCCAAGAUGUUUGAAUCCGUCAGACCCUACCUGCCAGGUUUUGUCCUCUUUUCUAUGCUACUCGGCAUCGGGGUCGAUGUCUACAAGAGGAAGAGAAGCCAGGACAGAAGGGAGAGGGAGAGGGACGAUUUCAACAAAAAAUUCCGGGAGGCUUUGGCGAAGGAUAGAAUCGGGAGAGCGAAAAAGGAGACGGACAGGCUGAAGAGGGACAAAAACACAGCGAACAGGUUAUCCGCAGUCGAACAUUGGCUCCCACAUUCACUUCCGAAGCUAGAGGACCGCAUCGAAAAGCUCGAGCACUGGAAACGCGGGCUUACCCCAACAGUACGAACCCCGGAUGCUCCGAAAGACGCGUGGCAGGAUAUUGUACAGGUCGGAAAGAUGUGAAGUACAGGUUCGUUACCUCGACACACUCCAUGUAAUGUCGUUUUGUAUCCGAGAGAGGAACACAUGGCUUCUUUGGCAUGUUGAAGAGAUGGGAGGGCCUAGACUGAGGACACUUGGAGAAUAUCAAAAUCAAAACUCCCCAUGC